CACACACACCCACACUUCACAUCACAUAACAAAACUUUAAAAAUGGCCUGCAUUGCCUCCUCCUUCACCGGCUCCGUCGCGGCCCUCAAGGCGACCAAGGUCACGGCCAAGUCCGUGUCCACCGUCGUCAAGGCGGACAUCUACCCGGAGUUCGGCACCUACCCGGGCGGCGGCGAGUCCCCGAUCAUCCCCUUCGGCUCCGAGAAGAACGCCGAGCGUGAGGUCAUCCACGGCCGCUGGGCGAUGCUCGGCGUGACCGGCGCGUGGGCGGCGGAGAACGGCACGGGCAUCCCCUGGUUCACCGCGGGCACCCUCUGCACCCCGGACGACUGCACCGCCGUCGCGGACAAGUUCCCGGGCGCCGUCGCGCCCCUCGCCCCGGAGGGCUCCGGCUACCCGUCCUUCUGGAACGUCCUCAUCAUUGAGGUCGUCCUCGUCGGCCUCGCCGAGGCGUACCGCACCGGCCUCUCCGACCCGGUCUUCGAUGAGCUCACCGUCGGUGACGUCUCCCCGGGUGGCCGCUUCGACCCCCUCGGCCUCGCCGAGUCCGGUGACCUCGAGGAGCUCAAGAUCAAGGAGCUCAAGCACUGCCGCCUCUCCAUGUUCGCGUGGCUCGGCUGCAUCAUGCAGGGCCUCGCCACCCAGGAGGGCCCCAUCGCCAACUGGCAGGCGCACGUCGCGGACCCGGUCCACGCCAACGUCCUCACCAACGCGGCGUCCGGCUUCGGCUUCUACUAAGUGCUUCGCCACUUCUCGCACGGCGCGAGUUUUCCCUGUAUCUCAAUAGUGCAGGUUUUUUCCAUGACCGCCGCGCGUUGCCCGCUAAAUAAUAAAAUUUGUUAUGAAAAGUGAACGCACAUAUUGUGUAUUUGCACAAAAA